CGAACAAUUGAAGACAGGGUUGUAUAUUCUAGCUAUAACGGUUUCACUUGUUCAUUCAUUUAUUCUUCUACAGGUUUUUUUUUUACCUUGUGGAAUGCGGCGGAUGGUUAUACAUUCGUAAUACGAGAUCAUAAACCUGAUUUAUGGACACAUUUAUUUUCUGGCAAAUUUCGAUCUGUGUGCCAGCAGAUGUGCACUGUGAUGAUGUGAGCGACUCGUGCUGUGCUGCUUGCUGCAGCGGCGUAUCCGAAGAAUAGGGUUGUGUAAAUGCUUGCUUUGUUUUGAAAACUCAAAUCUAUAUUAUAUAAUAAUACUUCAAUACUAUGUAUUAUUGUGUGUAAUAGUUAUAAUUAUUAUUAGCAUGGGUUGUGUAUGCUGUGCCUCUACGAUGAAACCAUUCGACUGGCUUCUAUUGGGCACAAGCUAGCAACAAACCCCAGCGAUUUCAGACUGAAAAACCAAAAGUCUAUUUUAAUUGUAUUUUUGAAUUCCACAUUACUUCUGUUCAUCAGCAUUUCUUUUCCUCACUGUGGGAUAAUAUGUGAUUUUGUAUGAACUAGUGCAGAAGCAAAGAUCUGGAGCAACAGCUUAUUGCGUUAUACAACAGUAAUUAAAGCGACCUGCCUGUGUAGGAUGAAGUUCUGCGGGAAUUCGAAACAACCCAACCUGAAGAAAUGAAGGACAAAUUAUAUUGCAUGUGCGGGAAUCUUUUUGGUAAACUGUGCUGAACUUUAAUUAACUGGAAAUGUCGUAUUAGCUUGGAAUAUCCGUCAUCUACUAGGAAAGUAGCUUGCAAAACUGCGCUCCAUACAGGGAGGAGUGCACCAAUACCAAGCGGGGUAAACCGGGGGGAGGGGGCGGGUUACAAACUGUAAAGAAGGUAACCGACUGUGCAUGAAGUUGAAAGUCAGAGAUUGCUGUUACACAUCUGGAUUCGGAUCUCUCUGGGAUGUCAACUGGAAAAAAACAAAAACAAAACCAGACAAAACCAGCAUCUAAAGGAAAUCGUUGCCUAAAAACUACUUUUAUCUGUAUUCGGUGCACCACGCCAAAGAAGUUGACUAUUACAAUAUGACAACCUAAUCUCAUCUGUUUGGGAGAGACUGAAAGAAAAAAAAAAAAAAAAAAGUUUUGAUUUGCAAUGAUGUUGCGUCCUGGCUCUGCAAUGAUGAUCCACGUGAACGGACUGGGGUAUGCACCCCAGAACCUGGCCCGGGUGGUGGUGUGGGAAUGGCUGAACGAACACGGUCGGUGGAGGCCCUACAGUGCUGCUGUGUGCCACCACAUUGAGAAUGUGUUGAAGGGGGACUCGCGGGGCACGGUGGUGCUGGGCCAGGUGGAGCCACAGUUGGCCCCUUACAUCAUAGACCUGCAAUCAAUGCACCAGUUUCGACAGGACACAGGCACCAUGCGGCCCGCGCAGCGUAACUUCUACGAGCCCUCCUCGGCCCCGGGGAAGGGGGUGGUGUGGGAGUGGGAGAACGACAGCGGCUUCUGGACCCCCUAUGACAUGGAGAUCUGUGUGACUAUCCAGAAUGCCUAUGAGAAGCAGCACCCCUGGCUGGACCUCACCUCGCUGGGCUUCUGCUACCUCAUCGACUUCAACAGCAUGACCCAGACCAACCGGCAGAGCCAGCGCAAGAGGAGGCUACGCCGCAGGAUGGACCUGGCCUACCCGCUCACCACGGGCUCCAUCCCCAAGUCCCAGUCCUGGCCUGUCGGCACCAGCUCCGGCCAGCCCUGCUCCUGCCAGCAGUGCAUCCUGGUCAACAGCACCCGGGCCGCUUCCAACGCCAUUCUGGCCUCCCAGCGCCGCAAAGUCUACACCGGGGCCAACGGGGCCCCCGGGACCCUCACUCUGGUCAGACAGAGCAACACCUUUGCCGGCACCACCCUCUGGUCCCCCACUUCUUCGGUCAGCAGCGGCUCAGCCAAGCCAGAGCAGGUCCAGUCCCCAGCUACGGGAACCACCUACCCCAGGGUCCCUGCUCUCCCUGCCCCCACCCCCGCCUCUGGGCAGAACAACCUGAACCGACCGGGCCCCCAGCGCUCUGCCUUGGUGAGCACGAGAGGAUCCAUCCCACCAGGGGUCCCUGCACUUCCUGUGAAGAACCUCACUGGCUCUGGCCCAGUUCACCCAGCACUGGCAGGCAUGACCGGGAUCCUGAUGUGUGCGGCGGGCCUCCCUGUGUGUCUGACCAGGGCUCCCAAACCCAUCCUGCACCCCCCGCCCAUCAACAAGAGCGACAUGAAGCCCGUCCCGGGGGUGAACGGCACCUGCCGCAAAACCAAGAAGAAGCACCUGAAGAAAGGGAAGAACCCAGAGGAUGUGGUGAAGAGGUACAUGGAAAAAGUGAAGAUGGUUCCCGAUGAGGACUGCACUAUCUGUAUGGAGAGACUGACCACCUCGUCCGGCUACGAGGGGGUGCUCAGCCACAAAGGGAUCAAGUCGGACCUGGUGGGCAAGCUGAGCAAGUGUGGCCACAUCUACCACCUGCUGUGUCUGGUAGCCAUGUACAACAACGGCAACAAGGACGGCAGCCUGCAGUGCCCCACCUGCAAGGCUAUCUAUGGUGAAAAGACAGGCACACAGCCCCCUGGGAAGAUGGAGUUUCACGUCAUCCCCCACUGCCUGCCCGGAUACCCCGAAUUCAAAACCAUCCGCAUUGUCUACGAUAUCCCUGCCGGCAUCCAGGGCACCGAGCACCCAAAUCCAGGGAAGAAGUUCAGCGCCAGAGGAUUCCCCCGGCACUGCUACCUGCCAGACUUAGAAAAGGGAAGGAAGGUCCUAAAGCUGUUGAUAGUUGCCUGGGACCGUCGCUUGAUCUUUACCAUCGGCACGUCCAACACCACUGGGGAGUCGGACACGGUGGUCUGGAACGAGAUCCACCACAAGACAGAAUUUGGCUCCAACUUGACAGGACACGGCUACCCAGAUCCCAAAUACCUGAGCAAUGUCCUGGCAGAACUCUCCGCUCAGGGAGUGACCGAAGAGGGGCUGAAAGACUGAGGCACAGUGAGAGAGAGGAGCAACUUGUGACGAAGAAGGAACUUCUUUACUUCACGCAAAAGGAAAGCAAAAGGAAUCUUCUUUAACUUAGUGACUUGCUAAAAAAAUAAAUAACCACUAUUUCUUCUGCUUUAGCUCCUUUUGCCUUGGGCUUGCAUUAUCUUGCCAAAAAAUGAAAACUAAAAUGGAGGAACAAAGUUCUGAGCCUGCCCUCUGGGAGGAGCUUAGAGGGAGGCUGGGACUGCUGUAUUUGUAUUGGUCACUGUGUCUGUGGGGGUGGGGCAGAGUAGGGAGGCUCUUCCACUUACAGAUGGUAGAUUGUCAGGAAAGGGCAAAGUCGCCAAUUUAAUGUUAACCGUUUUCUUUGUCUUGAAUAAAUAGAUCAAAUAUAGGAAUAUAUUAAUGGAUUCAUUAACAUACCUUGCUGUUGUUAUGGAGCUCAGAAAGACUAUGGUUUCAGCAUAUAUAUAUUUUUUUUAAAUAAGUUUACGAAUAAGCCCUAUUAGUUAAAGGAGUGUCUGAAUAUUUUAGUAUUCUCAACUAACCUUUGGAAUGGAGAAUCUAUAUGUAAUCUAACUGUUAAAAUGUAUAUUUGUCCUACAAAGUAGCUAAACACACAAAACUUACUCCAGUUUAGUUUGUCAAGAACCUGCAGAUUGGAAGCUUUUGUCACUUCUACAUGCAAAAAUGGAGAAAUGUUUAACUUACCUUAGUAUAGAUUUAUAUUUUCAUUUUUACUCCCUAUUUCCCCUUUUUUAACAUUACAAUUUUCUGUUUUUGCUUGUCAAGUCGUUAUAUUCUAUAUACUAUAGUUUGCGUGCUACCAAAAAAACCUAGAAACUGCACUGUGGUAAGAUGUAUGACCUUAGCACAGCUUAUACUUUAAGUUCUGCUUAUGGUAGCCACUUCUGGUGAAGAAUUUCAAAGAAAAGCUGAUUCUAAUGACCUUGCAGUUGUUUCUUUAUAGCAAAUGCAUUAAGAAAAGGAGUUUAAAGACAAUGGUUCCAGCAACUUCAUGAGAUUUAACCUCCUUUUCAAUUAGCUUGCCAAUACAUGUUCAGAAUAUAUGUAUUAGUAUAAUAAUGUAGAUGUAUUUAGACCAUUUAUAAACAUAUUUCCUCAACCAGUCCUCCCAAGAUUUAAAAUAAAUCCUUAAAUUGAAUUUCUUACAUAGUGGUCUAUUUGUGUCCCAUUCGGUGUCCCUUGCAUGUUUAAAAAUAUUUUUUUACAAACAAGUACAUUAUAUUGUAAGAAGGCUGUUACUUCACAAGUCCAUGCUAAAAGUAUGAGCUUUAUAAGUGUUUACUGUGAAAUGCAUUUAGUAUAAAAGAAACACCAGCCCUUCUAACUUCAUAACAGUGGAAACAGUUGAAGAGUAAACAGACAACAAGGAAAUAUUUAGUUAGUAUAAAUCUGAACAUUGCAGUUUUAACCCCCUAAGAACGAGGCACUUUUUAAAUGUUUCAUGUUAAAAAAAAUUGAAUGAAUUUCAUGUAACCCUUUAGUUUAGGUAUCUGUUAUAAGUGGUUAUAAACAGUCUAUAAACAUGUUAUUAAUUAUGCUAUUAACAAUUAUAGAAUAUGUAUAGAAAUAACAAGCCUGGUAUACACUUUUGCCAUUUUUUUUGCUAUUGUUUAUAAUCAGGUAUAAUGAAUAUAGUCUGUCUGCCUGUCUUUUCAGGUCUGUUUGUCUUUCUAUCCCUGCCUGUCUGUCUGUCUUUAUACAGGUAGUGAACAAAAAAAAUGGAAACACCAAUGUAAAGUCACUUAAUAGGGUGUUGGGCCACUAUGGUAUCCCGCUCCCCGCUCUGUGGAGUUCUCGGCGGACCGUUUUUGAUGAAACUGGCUGCUUGCGCCCCAGGUUGAAAUUUGCAGUCAAUUGAUCUGCAGUUGCUCGUCUGUUUUGCCUUGCACUUCGAAUUAAUGCACGGAUAUCACGAUCGUGGAGUAUGCGCUUCCGCCCACUGUUGCCCUUUGCUGAUGAUGUCUUUCCCUCGGAGUUCCAUGCCGACAUCACCUUAGACACCGUUGCUCGUGAAACAUCAGCAAGUUCAGCUGUCUUGGUCACUGAAGCUCCUGCCAAACACGCCCCAACAAUCACCCCUCUUUCAAAGUCACUGAGGUCUCCUCUUGCAGCCAUGCUAGCCAUAAUUAUAGACAACCAGGCCUGUCCAGCAUUUUUAUACAUGACCCUAAGCAUGCUGGGAUGUUAUUUGCUUAAUUAACGCAUGAGCCACACCUGUGUGGAAGCUCUUGCUUUAAAUAUACUUGGUGUCCCUCAUUUACCCAAGUGUUUCCAUUUUUUUUCACUACCUGUAUGUUAGUCUCACCAAUUAUAUGGAGCUGCUUUGCUUUUGCAAUGCAGUUAUUAUACACUUUUGACAUUGUUUUUGUUUUUUUUGCUAUAGUUUAUAAUCACUUAUAACGGAUACCUAAACUAAAGUGUUCAGUGUUUUUUUCAUAAAUAAAAAACCUACAUUAUGAAUGCAAUAAAUAUAUGCAUUUAAAUAUAUAUUGUCAAGAAGGAAUCCAAUGAAAGUAGCAGAGUUUGAACAGGAUAGCACUCAGUCCUCUCCUCCAUCCUUUUGGUCCCUCAAGUCUAAUCACUAGGCCACCCUGUCUCCUAGUCCAUCAGCUCUAACCAUUAGACCACACUGUCUCCCAGUCCCUCAGCUCUAAGCAUAAGGCCACAUUGCCUUUCAGUCUCUCAGCUCUAACCACAAGGCCACACUGUCUCCUUGUCCCACAGCUCUAACCACUUGACCACACUUCCUUAAUCACCCCUCAGUCCUCACAUAGCCUCACUGCUUCCAAUAUGUCCAAGUGGACAUAUGUUUUUUUUAAUAUAUUGUCUAUUUACUUAAUGAUCUGAACAGCGGCAGAUUCUAAUUAAUGCUAAUGUUUUCCUGGUGAUUUAAUGACCCCCUUAUUAACAUCAGUAAUGCAAUAUGAAUACAGUGAAAAUGGGACCGCAGUUAAAGAUUAUGUUUAUGAAUUUCAAAAUGGCAGCAUUAAGACCUGACACGGUUUACAUAAUUAAAACAGGACCCUUUGAAUCAUACCCUCUUAGAUUGACUGUGGGACCCAGAAUGCAUAUAAAUCCUAACAUCUGUAGAAUACAGGGACUGAUGGAACUGUAAUAUCCAGAAGUAUUGAGCACAUUGCAACACUGAAUCUCCCCUACACAUUUCCAACUGAAAACACCAUUGAUUUCCACGCGUGCCCUAAAGCCGAUUCAAUACAGCACCCAAGGAAAGUGAGUACAUCUAAUGGAAAUUCGAUGGGAAUGUACUGAUUCUUCUUGCCCAAUGGUUUCCAUUAGCAGAAGUUACUUUAGGUUAUAUAUUGGUCCCUUUAGGCAGGGGAGGUGGGAAGUAAAUAACAGAUGCAACCACAUGCUUUGGAGAAUACCAUGAAGAUACUUGGGUGAAGCACAAGCCUUGAACCUACAGAAGACUUGUUGCUAUCAAAGAUCCAUUCCAAUAACAACUAUGAUGUGGACAUGCAAUAACUUUCCUAGUUCUGUGCGGUAAUGCACGUCCUGACAGGAUUACAGUACUGACAGGACAUUUGGGACCGGGCAGCUAAUUUUGAUUGCUUAAAGCAAGUAGGAUUUAUGCAAACCUACUUCAGAUCCGAGACCACAACGGUGGAACUGAAAGGAAACAUCACAUUAACUCCAGCACUCCACAAUGCUAUUUAAUGUGAGCCUGUAACUGCAGUCUAAACAGGAGUGUGCUACCGUUUAGGAAACCAUUGCCCAUCCUAUGUGAAACAGACCUAACAUUCUUUGAGUUAGGUCAACGCAUGACAAACCUUGCUGUUGAAUGCUGAAGUUCUAGACAGUCGUAUGCAGGUCAGGUUGUUUGGAUCUGAUUGUCUGGAGUCCAUUCAUUGUUUUAAUGUCACAGGUGGGGAGGAAGUGGGCAUGUUGUUUCUUUGUUUUUGAUGUGCUCAAAAGUGCCCAUUUGGAACCAAGAUGUUCUGAAGACACCAUCACAGACUUUUGUUAACAGAAAGUACGGAUAUUAAAGGAGCACAAGAAUGAAAAAAAACAACAGCUUUGAGAAGCUUAGCACACCAUUAAACACAAUAAAGGGCUUGUCAUUUUAUUAGUCUUGACUAUAAAUUUGAACAUGUUGCAUGGUUGUGUGUUAUUUGUGAAUAAAUAAAUGUUCCCUCAAACAGAGGGCUGUUUGAUUUCA